UUUUGUUUAUUUUAAUUACACGUGCUUACGUUUAAUAGCGAUUUUACGUCAUAAUUUAAAAAGAUAACAUAUUGUGAUUGUUAAAGUAUUUAGCUAAGGUCACUCGCAGAAAAAAAAAUGAAACUAUAAAGAAAAAAAUAUGUUUGGAUGAUUCGACCUUAAAGCCCCCCCUCUCUCUCUUCCCUCGUGAAUCAAUUACUGUCAAUUAUAUUAAGAUGCAAAGAACAGCUGCACCUUUAGGUUACAUUAUUGAGAGUUCUCCAACAACAGAUUAGGGCUUAUCUUUGAAUACCAGAAAGCACUCAUCAAGAAGAGGUAUAGCUCAGUAAAGUGUUAUGGAAUAAGUACGUUAGUUUGAAGGUGAAAUUAAUUUAUAAUUGAACUUAGCAAUUUAACAGCUGGAAAUCCCAAAUUUAUAGCGAUUAGCGAAAUUGUUAGGUUAAGUAUGAAGCCAGAAAACAAUGUAGAGAAGUACUACCUCCUCCCGGACGAAGACGGCGCGACGCUAGUCGUCAACAAUCGCAAAAGAGGCGAAGAACCGGACAUCCAAGUCCUCAGGAAGUUCGAAGAGAUAGUGUGUCAAGAAGAAGACCAUGUCCUAGAUACUUACCUCGAUGUCUUUCCGGAAGAGGCAAAGCUGAAGGUAGCCCUGUUCGAGGAGAUGUUGAGGUCCAUGCCAUCCUGGAUGGAGAGCAUCGAGCCGUGGUUCAAAGAUCUUUGCACGAUGGCUGCCGUCGGUAUCAACCUCGACAAGACGUUGAAGACCCCGCAGGAGAAGUCGGUCUUGAUGUGGCUCUUGCUGGCCCUUUCAGAACCGAAGAUGAGGAAGCUUCAUGAGAGUUCCCUCCCAGCUCUGCUAGAGCUGACUGCAGAGGAGGCGGAACUGCUUCCGAAGAAGGGGUUCCUCUUGGAGUACGGCGAAUGCAGGACCAACGAUGUGAGCUACGGCUUCCUCACCGCGCCGCCAGGUGAGAUCUUAGCGCUCUUGUAUAACUUCGGCGAGGCUGGUCUAGGCAGAUGCUUCAGCAAGUCGCUUGUGCAAGCCAUGCUGGAGGAGAGCGGGACUUUCGCUCUUUCGGGAGAGUCCUUCCCCAGAUAUAGGUGCGUCCUGAUGGUGGAGUUCCUGAGCCACCCGGGCGUGGUGCCCGUGGAGGAGCUGCGGGAGAGGUCAUCCUGCUCCGGGCUGCUCCAGAACCCCGGGCUGCACCGAGUGGCCGACACCAGCCAGGCCAGGAUCAUGGCGGUCCUCCUCUUCGACACCGAGGCCAUCCUCCACCUCGUCAGGAACAAGAGCGAGCUCCUCACCACCGCGCUCUGGCUGGUCAUCGUCACCCACUGCGUGUACUUCAUCUACCGGCUCAAGAUCUUUCAUCGCUAACCGCUCUCUAUCAGUUGUGUAAUAAAUAUACACACUCAUGACUAUCAUUGUAUUAUUUCUUUAGUGAUAUUAAUAUUUAUAAAAAAUAACUCAGUUCAAAUUAAAAAUAUUUG